CAGAGGAGAUCCAAACAGUGGAAAAGCGGCCCCGCUGCGGUGUGGUGGGUCCCGAGAUGACGACCUUAGUUCUGGAUAACGGGGCUUACAACGCCAAAAUCGGUUACAGCCAUGACAGUGUCUCGUAAGUGGUCGUCGUCCCCGAGGGACAGGAUGCGUGAGCAUUGUGGUUUGACAGCUUUGCUUUCCGACUUGAAUGAUCCUCAGACACCAUCGCGCGGCUCCAGCCUCGGUCCAGGGAUGCUCAUUUUCGAGCUGGGUUGGGUUAUUCCCAAUUGUCAGUUCAGAUCAAAAACUGCACGACUUAAAACAUUUACUGCUAACCAGAUUGAUGAAAUAAAAGACCCUUCAGGACUCUUUUACAUCCUUCCUUUUCAAAAGGGAUACUUGGUGAAUUGGGAUGUCCAACGACAAGUUUGGGAUUAUCUUUUUGGAAAAGAAAUGUAUCAGGUUGACUUCUUAGAUACUAAUAUUAUUAUAACAGAACCAUACUUUAACUUCACUUCAAUCCAAGAAUCAAUGAAUGAAAUCCUAUUUGAAGAAUAUCAGUUCCAAGCAGUAUUAAGAGUAAAUGCUGGCGCUCUUAGUGCCCACAGGUAUUUCCGCGAUAACCCUUCUGAGCUCUGCUGCAUUAUUGUCGACAGUGGCUAUUCCUUCACGCACAUCGUUCCUUACUGUAGAAGCAAAAAGAAAAAAGAAGCAAUCAUUCGGAUAAAUGUGGGUGGAAAGCUUUUAACAAACCAUCUGAAAGAGAUCAUAUCCUACAGGCAGCUCCACGUUAUGGACGAAACUCACGUGAUUAAUCAGGUGAAAGAAGACGUGUGCUACGUGUCUCAGGACUUUUACAGAGACAUGGACAUUGCCAAGUUAAAAGGAGAAGACAAUACAGUGAUGAUUGACUAUGUUCUGCCUGACUUCAGUACAAUCAAAAAGGGCUUUUGUAAGCCCAGAGAGGAGAUGGUGCUGAGUGGAAAGUAUAAAUCUGGGGAGCAGAUUCUUCGCCUUGCCAACGAGAGAUUUGCUGUUCCAGAGAUACUCUUCAACCCCUCCGACAUUGGCAUUCAGGAGAUGGGGAUUCCAGAAGCUAUUGUCUAUUCAAUCCAAAACCUACCCGAAGAAAUGCAGCCACAUUUUUUUAAGAACAUUGUUUUGACGGGAGGAAAUUCCCUUUUCCCUGGAUUCAGAGAGCGGGUUUACUCAGAAGUUCGGUGUUUGACGCCAACAGACUACGAUGUUUCUGUCGUGUUGCCUGAGAACCCUAUCACUUACUCCUGGGAAGGUGGGAAAUUGAUAUCUGAAAACGAUGACUUUGAAGAUAUGGUGGUUACAAGAGAAGACUAUGAAGAAAAUGGACAUAGUGUCUGUGAAGAGAAAUUUGAUAUUUAAGAAACAUUUCUGAAUGAAAGACUUGGAAAGUUUAUUUCAAAGUUCCUUUUAUUGGAGGUUAAGAACUAUGUUACUUUUCAUCAUAAAGCCUUGAACUUACAUAACUAUUCUGAGUCAUGGCUGAGGUGCACAGGCUUCUUAAAUGGGUUAUUACAGUAAACUGUAAUUCAGCCGUGUUUCAUUAAGUGCACUACUCAGCAAUUCUAUACUGUUCCUGAGAAUAAAUUAUUUUUCAUGAGAAAGUAAAAGAGCAAAUAUUUAAUUCUUCAUACUUGAAAACACAAAUUGAAAUAUCCCACCCAUCAGUUUUCUUUAGAAGGUACUUUGUGUAGUUUUGACUGUGCUUAGCUAAAGUAUUUACAGACUGUUAAGAUUCUGCUGCCUUAGAACUAAGUAUUUUAUUUAAAGUUUGUUAUUCUUAUUUGUACAUAAUAAAAUUUGAAAAAUCAAUAUUAAA